CGUACCUACUUAAGCUUUAAGCCCCACAGGGAUCAGGGCCUAAAGUGUCUGUAGAUACCAGCCAAUAAUAUUUAUCCUUUACACCCAAACAAGAAACACAAGAAUCAAUCAGGUAGAAAAUGAGGCAUAUGCACUGUACCAGCUUUACAAGGAUCCUUGUAGUCGAUUACAUCACCAUUGUGGGUGAAAUUGGUGUCCAAUGACUCCCAAUCAGCAGCCAGAGAGACGCGCAGACAGACGCACAACAGGUACAGAAAUGCAGAAGCGACUUCCAUACCCCCAGAUCAAACUGUCCAACAGAGGUAAAGCUAAAGAGCGGGAGUUUUAUGACAAAAUCAGAGCAAGGAACUUCCUCCACCAGAUGCGACGGGAUUUUUUUUUUCUUUUUAUAAAACACAGCCUGCUUUCUACUGAAGUGAUUCGCUGACAUCCAGGAGCGAGAGCAGAGCGCACACAGUCAAGCGCAGAGCAGAGCACACAAGCAUGAAUCUUCUGCCAGAGAGGUACUUUACCUGCAGUACCAGGGGUGACACACGUUUACAUAAUGUGUGACCUCAUUCCCUCUGGUUGUUUAGGUUUAGAUCAUUUUGGAGCAGGUUGGAAAGCAUCACUUUACGCGCGGUUUGUUGCAACAGUUUAAAAUUGCCGCAAAUAUUUGGAAAUGUGCUGACUUUUGAUACAUUAGGUGUUAAUUUUACAACAUGUAUGUCGAUUCUAUGCUACUUAUUGUGAAGAAAAUGAUUCAUGUAAGAGAGUAAUGAGUUUACUUACCUACAGUGUAGUGACUCUGAUGUCCUUUUUUACUGACUCCAAGCUUCUUUCCAUCUAAAGUUUAUCUGCUGCCUCAUCUUACAUUUAGUAACAUUUUACAAAAACUAAAUCCUGUCACUUACCCUGACUGCUACUCUAAUGCCUCACAGUGAUGGGGAAAGAGAAUUAAGUCAGCUCCAUGGGCUGUUUUUAAAUGUUGGAUCUACCAGAAAGGACUACUGCCAUGACUGCUUUUUUUAGGUAAAAUGCCCAGGUACUGUCACUUCAGUUUAACCGGUUUGUUGUGUACAAACUGCAGCAUGUUGCUUUAAGACUGGAAAUGUUUGUCUCCUGAAGUCAGAUAUACAUUAUUAACUGAUACUUAACAAGUCCUUAGGCAGUAAUUUACCAAUAGUUUGUUCAUGAUCUAUUACUAAUGUAUAAGGUCCAAUUAUAAACCAUUAAUAUAUAGUUAACAAUUUACUAGUAAAACAUAUAUAAACUAUUCACUGAUACUUAACAAGUCAUUAGUAAGUAAUUUACCAAUAGCUUGUUUAUGAUCUAUUACUAAUGUAUAAGGUCCAGUUAUAAGUCAUUAACAUACAGUUAACAAGUCAUUAGUAAAACUAUAUAAACUAUUAACUGAUACUUAACAAGUCUUUAGUAUGUGAUAUUUUAUUAACUGAUACUAAUACUCAACAUUAGUGUAACAUAUAUAAACUAUUCACUAAUACUAAACAUGUCAUUAGUUAGUAAUUUACUAAAAGCUAUGAACUGAUAUUUAACAAGUAAUUUGUAAAAGAUGUAAAAACUAUUAACUAAUACUUAACAAGUCAUUAGUAAAAGAUAAAAACUAUUAACUGACACUUAACAAGCCAUUCGUAUAACAUAUAUAAAAUAUUAAAUGAUAUUUAACAAGUCAUUAGUAAAAGAUGUAUAAACCAUGAACUGAAAUGUAUUACAUAUAUAAAAUUUUAACUGAUUUCUAACAACUCAUUAGUAAGCAAUUUACUAAUAGCUUGUUCAUGAUCUUUUACUUGUUCAUAGGGUAUAGUUAUAAAUCAUUUACAUACAGUUAACAAGUCAUUCAUUUAGCAUAUAUAAAAUAGUAACUGGUACUUAACAAGUUAUUAGUAAGUAAUUUACUGAUAGCUUGUUCAUGAUCUAUUACUAAUUUAUGAGCUAUAGUUAUAAAUCAUCUACAGACAGUUAUCAAUCAUUUAUAACUCGUUAAUCAACGGUUUAUUUUAUAUUAUAUAUUAACUAUCUAUAAGGCAUCAUUAUAAAUCCUUAACAAACACAUUAAUAACUCAUUAAUUAACAGUUUACUAAUAUCUAUGAACUAGUCAUAAUGGAUAGUUAUUAUAAAGUGUUACCAAUAUUCAGCUUCAGAACUUUAACCUUUAUUGGAGUUACAAAGUCUCAUUGGCCUGAAGCAGCCCUAUUACUGCCCCUAGUGGUCAUAAAAGAACUGUUCAAUUUUAGAGAAUUGAGAGAACUAGCAGGGAUAAAUGGUGCCACCUGCUGGAAAAUAGUCAGAACUACAAAUUUGAAGCCAGGCCUGCAGAUUGAAUACACAUUAUAAGACAAUGCAAGUUUGUUUGUUUUAAAGAUUUUUUGGGGGCUCUUUUUUUCUGAUUGUUUUUUUUCGAGAGGACAGGACAGUGGACAGGGUAUGAAACAGGGAGAAACAGCAGUGAGUGACAUAUGGGUGAGGAGCCACGAGCAAAGAAUUGACACAGGCUGACCAGUCGAGGCAUAAGCUUGGCAUAUGUGGUGUGUGCGUAGACUGCUAGCCCUGUAGUGUCCAACAGCACUUGUACAGCUCUGCAAUGGCUAUCUGACCUAAUAUUGCAGCUGUAAUGGGUUUGAAUGUGGCUGUUUUUGUCCUGAUUACUUUCAUUUCACAACGUACAAUGAGCCUGAAAUUAUAACAGAUUAAGCUCUAAUCCUAAGAUUUGUAUAGAUGAAUAAAAAAUAGUGGGUCUGAUGAAUGAGAGACUUUUUUUUUCUAGACAGCCAGCUGUUUCAAGUUUUAAUGAAAGUGUCUUUGCCUUGGUCUCAAACUUGAAAAUAUACAUGAGAGUAAAAUAAAUCUUAUCUUUAGAUUACUCAACUUUGAUAAACAUAGAGUUGUUUUUUCUACUGAUUACAUUAAGUCUAUCUGCUCUCCAGAGAGGAACUUAUAAACACUAGAGCAGCUUGAUAACACACAGUAUAAGUGUGUAAGCAUAUAUUCUGGCAGACAGAAAGUACAAAAAAUGUCCACAUACACUAAGACUCUGUCUGGAGAUGAGGAGCAGCUGGGACGGCAGGAGACAGACAGUCAGGAAUGAGUCACUGGUGUGAAAAACAGGUCAGUUUAUGGCACCUGGUGGACAGGUGAAGGAAAGAUGGGAAAAUUGAGAUGUGAUGAAGGAGGAGGGAGAGCAGAACAGCUGUGUUUAUGACAGAGUUGAGUUAAUGGUGACGUUCGUACAUCUGAAUGUAAAUAUAUGAAGGUUAGAACCUCUACAUGUAGAUCUGUAUUACGUUAAAAAGAGGGGGCAGAAACUUGUGCAGUAAUUUGGGGAAAAGAACAAUAUUUUCCUUUCAAUAAGAAAAGACGAGUGCAUCCAGUUCUAUAUUUGUAUAAUGAAUCCUGAAAGCCAGCAGGAGGUUAGUGUAACUUAGCAUAAACACAGGAAACAGCUAGUUAUACAGUCUAAAAGUUAAAAACAUCCACUUAUGACUCACCAAAAGGUUUUCUUUCCAGCUUUUAUGUCAUAUAGUUUAUUUAAUUUAGAUAAUUUCUAUGUUUCUAACCUCGUCUUCACAGAUCAUUUAUUGAGCAUAAGCAGUUUUUCAUCCAUUUCGUCUUUUCUUUUCCUGGUUUGUAGUCAACUCAAAAGCUCCACAGUAAUUUAAAAUCCAACUUGAAAAUGUUAAACUUUUUCUGAAGGAUUUCUGGUGAAGUGUAAAGAAGUGCAUGGUGCAUGUGUCACCACUAAGUGGCACUAAUAUGUAAGGUGUAGGUCUGAGUAAACUUGCAGGAAAAGGUGAUAAACUAAAAAAAAGUUUUUGCAGAAACAAAAGUUUGACAAUGAAAACUGUUUUAUUCAGACAAAUAAGUCAGAGAAGAAAAGAAAAUCACACAUCGAGGCUCUUUUUUCUGUGAUCUCACGACACUGUGUGGUCGAAUAAUUAAGUGUAGAAAGAGAGAGGUGGAGGGAGAGUCGGUCCAGCUCUAGUCCUCCUCUGCCAGCACACAUCUGCAGCUGGAGAUGGGAUACUGAUCCAGAGAGAAGCCUUGGAGAUCACUCUGCACAGCAUGGCUGAACACACCAGAGUGCUGUGAGAGGAAAAGCAGACAGAUACCUCCGGCUCAAGCAUUUCAACUUCUCUUUUCUCUGCUUGUGCUGAUGUUUUCUUUUACACUCGGUGUGAUGUCCCAGUGCUGCAGGCAGGUCCUGCUCGGUGUGGAACUGAGCAUACUGGUGGUGUUUCUGGUGGCCGGCAGCACCGGUCAGAUCUAUGACAGGAGAGAGGCAGGAUCGUCCUGCUACGGAGGAUUUGACCUUUACUUUGUGUUGGACAAGUGAGUAUCACUACCUCUUCUUAUAAUCGCAGGAGACAUCUUUUCAUGACUGAUGCAUGAAUCAUGUCCAAUUGUUGUAAAGACACAGGUGCAAAAUAACCUCCAGAAGGAUUUUGCAUGAAAAAUAUUAGCUGACAGACUAAAGCCUACUGGUUUUUAACCUGUUGAUCAUAUUCAUCGGUCUUAAUAAGGUUUGUAGAAGUUGAAAUAGCAACAGGUUUAAGAUGAGUGAGGGACAAAAGAAAUAUAAAAUAGUCUCUUGAACUGUCAAAUCAAAAUAAAGCAUCCAGGGUAUUUUUGAAAUGUCACUUCUCUGGGUAUUUCUGCAGAAAGUUGCAAGAAAAAUAAGCCUGCAAGAGGUUUUUGGAGAAAAAGUGGGACACUUAUCCGUGUCAACCACACAAUCAAGUAUCACUUCAUAUAAACAACGCUGACCUGAUGAGCCGCAAGUAAACACGUCUUAGUAUGUUAAUUUAAAAAGAUGUGACACUUUCUAAUCACAGGAAAUUUAUCAAAAAGCUUGUUGCACUGGCAGUCAUUUUUAUUACUCAUAGCAGUCGAUGAAGUGUUAUUCCGGUUCUUUUUACAAGAAAUUUGACAAAUCUAUUCUUGCAAGAUUUAAGUUUUUGUGGUUUAAUCCCUGAAACUGAAGGGUAGACCAGUUCCUCACAAGGCCUUUUGAAAGAAUUCAGAGAAUGCUUGUUUUAAAAGUUGAUGAGUCUGCACAUUUUAAGGCUGUUUCCACAAUCACAAAUGAAAAUCUGGGAAAAUGCUAAUCACAGAUCUCCCAGGCCCGAGGUGAUGACUCCUGGUGUUUCAUUUUCUUGUCGCAACAGUUCAGCUCUCAAAGUCAUUCAGUUAGAUAUAAACUGAAAUGGAAAAUGGGAGAAAUCUUGAUUAAAUGGUUCAUCUCUUGGCCUGAAAAUUAGUAUAUAUAGGAUAAUUGAUUUAUUUAUCCUUGGGUUAGAGAAAAAUCAGAACAUGGCAGAAGUUUUUGGAGACUUGAAAGGACACGACCAGCGGACUCAGUUGUCAUGUUACCUUUAACUUCAAAGCUCCUGUGAAGAACUUUUGGUUUAUGUCCGGUUUGGCGCCCCCCGGUGGAUAAAGCAGUCUUUGCUUAUUUUACCAUCUACAUAUUUAAAAAGUAUCUUCUGACAAAAAUCUCAUCCUGCACAUGUAACAUUUACUAUGUGGUAAAUUCCCCCCAAGAUGCUUGGACAGGCUCUAGCCCCCUCGCAGUAGAACAUGGAUGGAUGUAAAAACAGGGCAGUCCCUAUGCUGCUGGGCCGACACCUACGCCCCUUAUACUGAUUUCAGGCAUAAAAACCAGAAUUUAAAUAUCAUCAAGCUUGCCUCUGAUGGUCUUGUUUGCUUUUGUUUAUCAUAAAAAAAAAUAACAGUAUGAAUUUCAUGAACAUAAAAAAAUCCACCCACAGGAGCUUUAAAACUAUAUGUCAGUGGAGCGUAUAGAUAUAAUACUCUUUUGUUGGUGGUUGAAGUAGUGAUUCGUGGAAAAAGUAAUUGUAAAAAUAAAACGGGGCUCCAGUUGAGCCACCCCAGUUCAAAAAGUCUGGCCACGCCCCUGCUGUGAGCGCGAACACAAGGGUUAAAUUACACCAUCCAUUAAACUGUCACGAGGCCAACAUGAAGCUCCUGAACAGGUCACAUCAAGCCAAGUAAACAUUCAGCACAAGCAACUUAGGGGUGGUGAGACCUCACUGAAAGUGUGUUUACACAGUGACAGAUGAUUUGUGAAGUUAUUUUGCAUUCACUUCGAUGAUAAAGUGCACUGCAGGGAUUUCUGUCAUCAAACCGCGGCCACGUCUCGCUGACAGGAGCCCUCAUCCAGCCUCGGCUCUCCAGCUCUCUCUGCUCCAGUCUGCAGAACCCUUUCUCCAUUAGAGCCAGAUGUUCCAAAGAUCCCCAGAUUCUGGCAGUCCGUGCGCUGAGGCUCCCAACUCAGGAUAAAUGAAAACAUGAGGGAGGGUGAAGAAGAGAGACAGAGGAGGAGGAGGAGGAGGAGGCUACACAGGUUGAGCAUAGGUUGGCUCAGUGUCUCUUUAAUUAGUUAAGUGCUCUGUAAAAUCAGGACAUGAAGCUGGUCUUACUUGAGACUAAGACGUGGCACUUGUGUUUUGUUUGGUAUUUUCACUUGAGCAGCAGAGCAGCAUGAAAUGAAGGAAAAGAUAUGCAUCAGCAUUUAAAAGGACGCGCAAGGAAGGAAACUUACUCACUCUCCUUUGUGUUGUCUCACAUCAGUGAGCUGACGGACAUUAUUCAGUUACAUAAUAUUAAAAGUUUGCAGCAUGUUUAAAGAAAUAUCACGAAUACAAACUAAAGAGUUUGGUUUCUAAAAAGCACGCAAAGAUCUCAAAACGUUUGGGCAGACGAGUUCUGAUUUUGAUUUUUGUAAUGUGAUAUUGCCGUACCGAAUGUAGAGAACUUUUGAUCAGACUCAAAUGUUCAAUGUUCAAAGUUUCUUAGACAAAAUAAGAGAGAAGAAAGAUGAUCUGUUGAGCUCUCAAGUCAUUUAAUUUAAAAGAAAAAAUAGAAAUAGCCUGCUACAAGACAUGGGAAGGAUUUUUUUUUUUUUUGCUGUAUGUGGCACAAAAGUUGCAUCUUUGUGUUGUGAGCUGUUUUUUUAAUGUGAAAAAUGUUGUGCUUUGUGGAGUAGAAAUGGCAUUAGACAUUUGUAUGUAUCUUUGAAGUUGGUGUUAACUCACUUGAACAGAAAAACUGUACAGUUUCUGGAAACUUAAAAUGAGUCUUUUGUAUCUACCUACUCCGAAACAGCCGUCUUGCUCCGUAUUUUUACCGUAACACAUAGUAGACAGAUGAGAAACAUACAUGUGGAUUUAGUGAGUGCCCACGUGAAAUACAUUAAUCAUCCAAUAGGAUACAAGAACUUCAUUUCUCCCCAAAGGGAAAUUCAGUGCACCAGUUAGAAGAUGAGAAAGAUGUAGAAGAGGUUGAAGAAAGUGGUUUUUGUUUUAUGCAAAAGAAUGUGUAUAAGUGGAUGUAAAAACUUGACAAAUGGAGGAUCAUAUUUAUCAUGCCUCACAGCUCUAGAGUCUGACUGCAAGAUGUCACCCUAACUCUCCAAUGUUGUCACUUAAAGCUCUUAGACUUUGUAAUUAUUUCAGUAUUUUCAUAGUUUAUGGACCACCUAUGAUAAACAUUCAUAUCGAACCUUUUUUAAAAGUUUUCCUUUUUUUGCUGUCUGAUCUCUCUAUUAAAAGUCCUUCUUCAUACGUAUGAAAAUGCCUCAUCAAAUCCCUGCAGGACUUCUUGAUUUAUUGUUUUUACUUUCCAAGUUUAUCCUUUUUUUAAACCAACGAGGUAUUUUAUUGGUUUUAUUUGGAUCCCUCUCCAGGUCUGGCAGUGUGCAACACUACUGGAAUGAGAUUUAUUACUUUGUUGACCACCUGGCUCACAAGUUUCUCAGGUGAGUCCACCACACAGAAAUUUUAGAUCCACUCAGAAAAGAAAAAAAAAAUUGACAGAAGUCUCUUUUUCUUCUCUUUCAGCCCUCAGCUGCGGAUGUCCUUUAUUGUGUUUUCCACAGAGGGACGCACUUUAAUGGCACUGACUGAAAACAGGUAAACAAACUGAACACAACCUCAUUCUAAUAUCAUAAUCAUUUCUUUAAAAUUUCUUAUAUUCUUAAUUUAAUUAUCAACUAAAAAUGGUAAACUUUUUAAUAAACUUUUUACUAUUUUUAAUAUUUUUUAUCAGAGAGCAGAUCCGGGCCAAACUCGAGGAGCUCAGCAGGGUGCAGCCGGGCGGAGACACCUACAUGGACAAAGGUUUAAAAAGAGUAAGCCAUCUGUUAAGUCAAUGGGAAACAGAUCCAGCUUAUGCAACAGUAUGGCAUCUUAACUUUUCAUAAUGAGGCUCAUUCAAUACAUAACCACUGACGCCUUGAUUCUCCUCUUUUAGGCCAGCGAGCAAAUUUACUACGCAACAGGAGAUGGUGAGUAGACCAUUUUGCCUUAUAACACUUAAUCACUCCCUCUGCAAGGGGAGUGUUUUUUACCCAUUCGUAAUAACUCCAUUUAAACAUGUGCAAGAUUCAUCAUAUCGAGCUGUUCUCUCCAUCACAUGACUAAUAUGUUCAAAAGCUGAUUCCCACUCCAAUAAAAAAGGUAUUUCAGUGGAUAAUAAUGUUCCCGAUGUGUCUCUGACUUGCAGGUUACCGUACAGCCAGUGUCAUCAUCGCUCUGACGGACGGUGAACUGAGAGAGAAUCAGUUUGACAUGGCGCAAAGAGAGGUGAUGUGAAAAGCAGUUUUAAAAUAAACUUUAACAUAAUAUUAAAGGGAUAUUCCGGUGUAAAAUUUAUUUAGGGUCAAACACACCGUAACACCAAGUUAGACACCCCCUCGAGAGAUGAACCGCUUGCUUCUCUAGUUUUACCAACUUUAGUAACGACGGCAGGAUUGUAAUACACAGCGGUCUGAGGAGCCACACACAAACCUCAACCAAAAAGCCACUCUAUAGCCACAAAUAAUGCUCAGAACAGCACCUAACUUCAUCAACAGUACAUAUAGGGUCCUAGACACAACACUAGCCAUCAAACAUCUUUUUAGCUUUGCCUAAUUUCUUUAGCAAAGAGACUAAAUACAACUCACCUACUCUCUUCAAGCAGCCGCUUGUUUGUAGCGAGACCUCAGGCCAAUCCAUGGGGUGGGGCAGCUCAAGGAAGAACAUUUAUGAUCAUUACUUUAAGUUUUCUUGAAGUAAUAAUCACCAUAUUAACUAUUUUGCACUGCGGACGCGGUAGUUCUUCUGCCUUAGCGUCUCAGUCUGAUUGCAUUUCCAUGAAGAAAUGAUCAUAAAUGUUUUUCCUUGAGCUGCCCCCCAAUAGCGACUAUUGGAAGAGAGUAGUUGAGUUGUGUUUAGUCUAUUUGCUAAAGAAAUCAGGCAAAGUUAAAAAGAUGUUGGCUAGUGCUGUGGCUAGGACCCUAUAUGUACUGUUGAUGAAGUUAGGUGCUGUUCUGAGCAUUAUUUGUGGCUAUAGAGUGGUGUUUUGGUUGAGGUUUGUUUAUGGCUCCUCAGACCGCUGUGUAUUGCUAUCCUGUGGACUUUACUAAAGUUGGUAUAACUAGAGAAGAAAGGGGUCGACAACAUUAAUCUCUUGAGGGGGUAUCUAACUCUGUGUUACAGUGUGUUUGACCCUAAAUUAAUUUUACACUGGAAUAUCCCUAUAAUUCACGGUUAAUAGGUUAAGAGAGUUACCUUUUCAAACCGCCAAAAGCCAGUACAAGCUACGACGAUGUAUAGUGCAUUGACUGUAUAAAAGAUGGACCAGGUGGCUCGACUUCCCCCCUCAUACAAAAGUGAAGCCAAAGUCCCUCUUCUGCAGUUGUCGUUAAUUUCCUGCCCUUUGUACUCGGGGCAGGACUUUGUUUCAUUGCAUAAUCUUCAAAGCAAAGUCGGGAACAAAUAAUUGCAGGAAAGUCAGAACAAGGCAAGGACUGCUCGGAAGUUUUGGCCCGCAAAGUUUCCCCUGUGUGAUUUAGUGUGUCGUCACCCUUUAGCGGAGCCUUAUGUCAUUUGUUUGAUGCUUUGUUUUAAAACCAGGCCAGCAGAGCGAGACAGCUGGGGGCCACAGUGUACUGUGUGGGGGUGAAAGACUUCAACGAAACCCAGGUAAAACAAUCCAUCAUUAAAUUCUUGAGUUAACCAGAGGAUGACGAAUCGAAUAAGACUGUAAACUCAUGACUGGUUUGGUCGUUGACAGCUUUCAACGAUAGCUGACAGUAAGGACCAUGUGUUCCCAGUGAAUGAUGGAUUCCAGGCACUGCAAGGGGUCAUCGACUCGGUAUGAAGCAAACAAGAACACAUGCAUAUGAUACGUCACCACCAAACUCAAUUUGGUGUUCCUGUUAUUAAGUUUCUGUAUGCUUUUUUUCCACCUAUCAGAUCCUGAAGCGAUCAUGCAUCGAGAUCUUGGCUGUGGAGCCCUCCAGCAUCUGUGCAGGAGGUAUGCACAGUUUGAUGAUCAUGCAAACUUUGCUGAACUUUUUAAAAACUCAAGUUGCAUGGUCCUUCAGUCAGGAGAAAGUUAUACAAGUGGUCUGUUUGUGCUCCUUUUCAGAAUCGUUCCAGGUAGUCGUCAAGGGAAAUGGUUUCUAUCACGCCAGAGAUGUCCAGAAGGUCCUCUGCAGCUUUCGCAUCAACGACACAGUAACUAUGAGUAAGUACACGCAUCAUGGGGUUGAUUAUAGUCUCUCUGCCUUUGUUUGACUCUUUAUACUGUACAUCAACAAUGGGUGAAAAGUAAAUGUUGAUGUGGUUGACAUAAUAGUCACUCCCUCUCGGCUCUCUGGGUUGUUUCAUGAUUUCUACUUGUUUUGGUUUAAUGGCUAACUGUGUUCCUCUCAUAGCAGUAAACAUAUAAACCAUCAUAGUCAGCAGAAGUGGGCCUACAUUUACUCUAACACUGGAUCUUGGGUGAUGCCUUAUUAAGAAUAAAAAUUUAGUGAAAGCGUUGACCCUGACUGCAGGCCAAGAUUCUGUGCUGUUACAUCGCCAAGUUUCUCAACAAAGGGGGUCGAGGUGGCUCGGAUCUUCUGUGGUUAAAACACUUACUAUUGAAAAUUGCCUCAUGCAACCCUAACUCAAAAAGCCGAACUAUCCCUUUACUUUUUUUUACUAAAUCAACGUUAAAACCUGUGAUACACAAACACAUAAACACUCUGGAUAUUAAGAAGAACAUGUUCAUUAUCUGCUCUUUUCUUUGUGGAGGAAGUCUUGUGCUUGUAGAUAUCCCUGUUUUUAUGACUACAUCCUUCUUAGUUCCCAAGAACAGAGCUUUAAGGAGUCAAGUGAGUUAUAUUUUUCUCUCUGACAUUUUGACCUCUAAGGAUAUGCCGGUGAAGGUGCAGCACAUGUGCUGGGAAAGUUGAAGAAGCUUUUCAGCCUCCAACAUUUCACUUCCUGCAUUCUGGUGAACACCCAUACAGCAUUUAGCAGAGGCAAAACUGAGACAAAAUUAUCAAUAUAUGAUUUUCAAAAAAAUGUAUGCUACUUCCUGCAUGAAACACAUUUUCUGGCCAGAUUACAUCUACUGUUUUAAAACUGAGUGGCUUAAAGUAAAUCAAGUAAAAGAACAAACCGAUUGAACACAAUUUAAAGCAUAUAGUAUAUAAAAUACACUCAGCUCUCAAACGCUGCACAGCAAUCAAGCAUGUACUGUAUCAUGAGGCUCGAUUACUAAAAGGACACCUUGUCGAAUUUAGCCAUUGGAAGGGCAUUUACAGGUCAAACAGGUCUAACCUAAAUUUUAUUAAAAACAGAGGGGCAUCCAAGGGACACUUUUCCAACAUUUUAUAUAACAAAAGGGCACCCUUUGGUGUGUUUUUAGAGUUUUUAUAAAGAAAAGGCAAACAGAGAGUGUUUUUGUACAUGUUUUAUUCACUGGAAGUGUAUCCAGAGAGCACUUUGUCAUGUCUCAUCCUUUGGAAGAGCGACUAACAAAGCAGUUUUCCCUGUAUUCCUCAUAGAGAGAGCACCAGAGAAGGCGUUUCAUUUACAUGAGCAUCAAAGAGGGAAUUUCUGCAGCGUGUCUUCAAACAUGAGGGCACCAGAGAAGACUUGAGGCCCCCCCCACAUUUUACCACUGUCUCACAGCUACCUCUGUGGCUUUCUUGAAAUGAGCUAACAUAGUUGCUUGGUUUGAUCAUAAAACCCUUAUUUUUUAUAGAGUGUUAAUGUACUUACGGGUGUCAAAUAGAAGAAAUAUACUUGAGGUGAUAUUUUUUUUAGCUUAUCCAAGCUGGAAGAGGAUCUUCCCAUUUUGGUUAGAUUACAAAAAAAAUCAGUCAGGAAGAAAAAGUCUGCCUGGCCUUCUCCAAAAAAGACAACUUCUUGUAUACUGGGGGACAAUCUAUCAUGAUAUGGAUGAUUCCUUUCAUAAUUAAUGUGACAUUGCUCUAAAAAGACAUUUUGGACGGACAGGUAAACUUUGCUGUGACAGGUCAAUCUAAAUAUGUAUGUGAAUGAGUUCAAGCAGAUCCUUUUCUGUCCAUAUUUUAUUGUGAAUCACUCUGUAGGUGUGUGAAAACGGACAUUACAUAAAGUUGAUCUAUUAAUAAAGAGGAUGGAAAGGCAGUAGGUUUUGGUACCUCACUCAGUAGUCAUUGACAUCAUUCUGCCAAGUUUGGUUUGGCUGUGCGUCUUGGGUUUGGGUGGGGGAGAGCAGCUCUUUGUGGCUCACAAUGAUUUAACUCCCCCAUCCUCCUAAAAAACCAUCAGCAGCAUCUAACGGGGCUCUGAAUCAGCUGCUUUAACGCUUAGCGCUCCUCAGAUGUCUGGAGGGGAAUGUGGAUCUCAUCAGAGACGGGUGCUGUCUUUGCACACGCUAGACACCGGCUCAGCCGCGGCCAGCCAGGCUAAAUAAACCGCAUUCCUGCCUCAUUUGCUUCAUAUUCCACAAAGAGAGGAAGUCCAGGAAUUUAAUAACAAGAAAUAUUUUUGAAGCUUGAACGUCCCCAAGUGUGAGGACUGGUAGAGAAAGAUCGGGGACUAUUUUCUUUGCAUCACUUGAGCAUUAAUUUGCAGUAUUAUAGCAUCUCAUGAAAUGAAUCUACAUGUUAAUCCUUUUUCCACAGUGAAAAGACCUCUGGUGGUGAGAGAUGUUUAUCUUUUGUGCCCAGCUCCUGUUCUGGAAAAAGAGGGAACGUAAGUGAUAUCUAGUACUCUCACAAGUAUCACAGUCAGGGUCGGGAGAGCUAGAAACUGUAGACUAUUACAAAACUGCUGAUGAAUAGCUGUAUCACAGUUCAAGAGUCAUUUCUGGUCAUUUCCCCAAGACCUCAACUUAUUUAUGUCAGGAAAUAACACUAAUUUUCGAUUAUAACUUUUAUUGUACAUAUUUCACGUAUUUUUUAAAAUACUUUUUCUAAUUAUUUCAAGCAGAUGGAGUUUUUUUCUCCUCACAUUUACAGUAUUAUUUCCUGGUGAUCUAGAAAACAAAAGCUAGGCUGGUCGCUGUAAUAGUCCUGACCACAAUAUGCAAUGCUGUCAUUGUUAUUCUGUGUUUUGAAACUCCAGGGAUGAUCAUUAAAAUUGAGCAUGACUGAAAACGUCUCAUUGACAUGGAAAAAAAAAGAGCAUAUGAAAUGUUUGCUAAGGUUUGGUGGGGGUGGACUUGAAAUAGAAACAGGUAACACUUUUUUUUACUCAUAAUAAGAUAAAUCUAAGUGCUCUCAUUUACUCUACAGGACUGCCACUCUCCACGUCAGCAUGAAUAAUGGCCUCAGCUUCAUAUCCAGCUCUGUCACCAUAACAGCCAUCUCCUGUGUGAGUACCAUGACGACGACAUGUAACUUAUAGUGUGGUCACUGACUUUACAUGAGUAGUUCUACUUCUUUCACAGAAUAUGUUGAACUACAUUCAACUUUUGACACUUUGCUUCAUGAUGCAAAGGCCGUGAUGCAAACAAGAUGUUUCAAAAACUUCAAUGUAACUCACAAUUUCCUCUGAGAUUAUUUCCCACCCUGACAGAUUAUUAUUAAUACAAAACAGACAGUCUAUAAAAAGACUGAUUAACUGGAAUACAGGUUUAAAAAAAACACUCAAUACGAAACUUAAGCAGUGAUUUAAGUAGGGGUCAGUGUGCAAAAUAAAAUCCUGAGGGACAUUAUUUCAUGUAGCGAUCCGCAUGCUGACUUUAUCCCACUUAUUACCUAGUGGACAAAGUGACACAAAUUAUUGAUGGGAAGAUGAUGAAACAGUUCAUUCAUGCAGCUGAAGAAUAGAGUAGAUGGUUGGUUACUCUACAGCAAAGGUGUUAUUCUAAACAUUAAAGCUGACUUUUUCAUUCAUGUUGAUUUAUUGGCUUAUUGGUUUAAAUUCUUUCAUGUGUUUUUGUUCUGUAAUCCAUGCUAAUCUCACAAUAAACACAAUCAUAUGACUUAAUGAGUGCAUUUUCACUCUGUUUAUGCUCUCUGUGUGUUUUCCUGAUCUAGUCUGAUGGGAAGUUUGUGGCCAUCGCUCUGCUCAUCCUGCUGCUCCUGCUCACCAUCGCCCUGCUCUGGUGGUUCUGGCCUCUCUGCUGCACAGUGGUAUCUCACAUUGACUCAGAUUGAAGAACAUAUAAAGGCAGAUUUUAUUUUAUGAAAGCUCAAACUUGACAGGACUGCUCUCUGUUUUCAGGUCAUCCAUGAGCCGCCUCCUCCUGUAGUCGAGGACAUCUCUGUAAGUCGUUUUAUUUUUUGUCAUCAAACUCUUAUCAGUAAUCUGCCUUAAUAUUCUUCACUUUUCAAUGUAACAUGCAUGUUUCCUAACUCUUUUCUGCUCCAACUGAUUUCUUAUUGGGAGUUUGAAUACUGUUUUUCUCUUCUUUAGGAUGAUGAGGAUGGUUUUCCAAAGAAGCGUUGGCCCACAGUGGACGCCUCGUACUAUGGAGGACGUGGAGUUGGAGGCAUCAAGAGAAUGGAGGUAGAAAGAGGAAAUACUGACCAGUUUUUAAUCAUUAAAUGUAACUAUGAACAAAAAAGAUGCUCUUAGACAUAGAGUUCACUGCACUAGGGCUGGGUGAUAAACCGAAAAUUUACCGAUACCGAAAUUUACGACAAUAAUCAACGUCAUUUUGUCCAUAUCGGUAUAUUCAGUGUCAAAAAAAUAAAGGUUUGUUUUGGAUGUGUGUAGGUAGGCUAUGGUCUCAUGUCCCUUUAAGACGCUGUCCUACGUCAGAGACAUGACUCCACCCCAUCCAGUCCAGUAACAAAGAGGGAAAGACCGGUGAGGAGAUGGAGGAUGGUUCAAAAGUUGCAGCGGUUGGAGCGGCGGCUUAAGUAGAUGAAGUUAAUAUCAUUUAUGGUUACCGAGGUGAACUGCUCAAUAUAUCGUGAUGUUGAUUUGAGGCCAUGUCGCCCAGCUCUACACUGCACCUAUGUUCAUACUGUAAACAGCACUGAGACACGUGGCGCCCUAGAAACCAGCACUCAACUAGUUUUUGUCUGGAAUCAUUGAAAAAUGGGAGAGAGAUCAAACCUUAGUAAAGCGGGAAAACAAAGAGAAGCAGGAAGCCACUCAUUCCUGAGAAGAGAUGAGUGUGCAAAGUCCAUGCUGGAAGAGCCUGACUCACUUUGUUGUGGUGGCUAGUUUGAAGCUCCUGUGAGAGUUAAGAUGAGGCCAACUGGCCGGUAAACUGCAAGUACAGCAGAUCCACCAAAUGUUUGGUAGAAGCCAAGAACGGGUCUGUUUGAGUCUCAGAUGAACAUGGUUCGCAGAUGAAUCACUAAAGCUUUGCUGGUGAUUUAAAAAGUACGUGGCUUUUGUUGCUCUGGCAACACUGGGAUUGGAUUUUGUUUGUUUAAAAUGGUUAAAGGAUAAUCUCUGCAAAGAAAAAAAAGAGUGGAAGUCAUCAGAAAAGUGAAGUCAAGAUGUCAGGAGACCAAAAACUCUGUUUCAGAUUAAGGAAAGAUAUUUAGAAACUUUUGCUUUGUGUUACAUGAAACCUUAGAGCACAAGGUAAGAAGUCAUCUUUAUUCACAGAUUAUGUAUUAAAGGUCAUCUAGCUGCAGAAUCUGUUAGUAAAAGACCAAUUUUGGUGUAAGAAGUAGUAGUAUUGCCCAACUGUGUUUAAUGAGAUGCUGCUACACAUCACAAUCACAAAACCUGUAUGAGCUAUCGUCUGAUUCUGACACAACCCCUGAAGUUGAUGGCUGACUUCCUGGGGCUCUAAGUUCAGUCAGUGGUUCGGAAUAAAAGGAUCUGACCAAGACUGUCUUUGAAAUACAUCACUUCCAGAAACAGUCCAGCUGGCAAUAUAAGAACAGGAUGGGUGAUGAAAAAUAAAGUAUUAAAGGUGAACUUCUUGAUGGGUUAUAUCUGUGUAAACACAUUUAAACUUUUGAGGCUGUUUUUCUGUGCCAACAACAGAUAAACUGGUUUGUGACAACCUUUACAAAAAAUCAGCCGAGACUCAAAGAAGAGUUGUGCAAGUGAUUUCAUUUCCAAAUGCCAUCUCUGGAUGUCAUUGGCCUGAUUUGCAUUGUUCACCAAGAGCUUCUGAAAACGCAGACAGCAAGGGACUCCAGGAAGAGGAGUCCCUGAACUGAAACUAACAGUUCCAGGUGCUUUUGGUUAAAAAGCACCUACAGCUAACUCUAAGCCAUACCUAAAGGCCCCCUAAAAGGGGGCUCUUGCAGCCAGGGGACUUAUUAUUAGAUGCUGAUGGGACUGAAGAGGUGAGCGACAGAUGAAAAAGAUGACAGCAGGUCAAGAGGGCCACAUGUCAAGCAGACUGAAGUCACCCUCUCAGUGUGAAGGACUUCACAGACUUGUGGUUCAGUCUGAGGAGUCUGAGCCUGAAGCCUUAAAGCUGCGCUGCGUCCAAACAGAGCAGUGGAAAAUAUGCACAGCUCAUUUAAGUGUUUUCUCUGCCAAGUUGAAGCCUUCAUGGCUCGUCUGUGGCAGCUGCGCGGGAGUGAAUCUGAGUAAUGAACUUUCAUGGUUGUUUUGACAGGGCUGGUUUUACUUUGUGAUGUGAUGGAUCGUUCUUGACAUUUCCUUGUGCGAUUUAAGUGGCUUGUUGAGCGACAAAAACAUUUUUUGUUUCUGCAGUGAAAUGCUCUUUAUCUUUUGAAAGACAAACAAUCUUUCGAAGUGGGUCUCUUUGCUAAAUUUUGGGGCUUUCUGAGCCAAAAAAUAAGCUUUGAAACUAAUCUCAAUGGUUCCAAUGACCAGUACCAAGGUUUUUUCUUAUUAAACCCACUUACCUACAAACACAAGAUUAUAUGACAAAAAAAACAACAACUUAGAAGUAGUAGAGAUCAAAAACCCUUUUGGGGGUUAUUCAAUACAUGAAACAUCAACCAAUCUGCUAGAGUUCGUACGAUCCACUCCAGUCCGAUUCUUCAUCACGCUGAAGAAAUGAAAUCAUCUUGAUGUUUUAGAAUAAUUGUGGGAUAUAAUCUUUUGUGUAAAAUCUAAGAGUCUGUGCCAGAUAAAUGCCCAAAGACAGCAGGUUAAUGUGCCAGCUACAGAGCCAACAUGCAGGUAUGCUGAGUUUGCUAGCUUGGAUGCUUAUAUUUGUUAAGUGGGAUUGUGGGAUUGCAAUCUCAGAACCCAUUAGCUAUCAUCUGAGAGCAAAAUGUGCUCCUGGAGUCGACGGCCAACUCUUCGGCUCUCCUGAUGGAGCCAACAGAUUGUGAUAAACAACUUAGAUCCAAUAAGACUUUCUUAUCCAUGUGUUGUAUUGUUUACAGUUUAAUAAGAAACCUGAGCAGCAGCUGAGUUUAGAUGAAAAGCAAAAUAAAAUGACCCCUUCAGAUUUAUUCCAAAAACACAUCAUCAUAACUUCUUGGAUACAUCCCUAAGAGUCGCCCUCAUUCAUCUCUUUCUGAGGGGUCACGGUUUCAGUAAACAGUAAAUUACUCAAAGUCUAAGUAUCGAAGAUGAACCAGCCAAUAUUAUACAUCAACACCGAAGACUAAAUGCAAACAUGGCUACAAAUACCCAUAAACACAGCUGCAGCUCAUGUAACCAGAUAUGAAUAAAUGAAUGCCCCCUUUUUGCAGCGUGAUGCUAAUGGCUUCUGUUUUUUGUUCAGGUCCGAUGGGGAGAUAAAGGCUCGACGGAGGAAGGCGCCAAGCUGGAAAAAGCUAAAAAUGCUCGAGUUGUGAUGCCAGCGGAGGAGUACGAGCCACCGCGGCCCUACUACCACAUGCACAAACCUCACAGACCGCAGAAGUGGUACUCUCCUAUAAAGGUGCUCCAUUUACUCACAUUUUUGGGGCUUUUGAGUAUAUGUUUAAAAACCAAGCUUUCAAUCACCUCUCAUGUUUCUCUUCAGCGUGCCAGGUUGUCUCAGUGUUGUUGAACUGUCAUCAAAUGGAUUUAAUAGCAGAUCUCAUGGUGUGAAAAUAUGUAUUAUACAGGACGAUACAUAUUCCAGAUGUUAGAUUUAUCGAGCUCUUCCUGACGAGGAUGUCGACUCUGAUAACACAAAGAAUGUUUCAUUUUUAGAGCGACUGGGAAUGAUGUGGGACCAGGAAAUAGUUAAUAAAUAUUAGUUCCCAAACACAUUAGUCAGCUGGAUCGAUGGAAAUAAAAACCAGACGUGAACUGAGCUCACCCCUGACUUUGGAAUCUGUCGAGCGGCUGUUGUUACUGACAAAGUACGCUCUUUGUUUGUCUGUCUAAUCCAAAUCCAGGCUGCAUAAACUCCGCUCAUUAGAUAACUCAGUUUGAAAGGAUUGUUUUAGCUGCUUCAAAUGUUCUGGUUGUAAUCAGGAGUUAUAGACUUAUAUUUCUUAUUCAAACAUUGUUUACGAUCAUCUGUCCACAGGGUAAACUGGAUGCUCUGUGUGUAUUUCUGAGGAAAGGCUACGACAGAGUGUCUGUGAUGCGGCCUCAUCCCGGAGACAAGGUGAGACACUGAUAACAGCAAAAUAAGAAACAGAUGCGGUGUGAUGCAAUAGCUUCUUCUAUGAAAUGAUAAAAAACAGCAUCAAGUAUCCGUACAAAUGAAUCCAAAACAAAACAAUCAAUAAGACUAUGAGGUAACAGUGUCAACUUUUGGCCGGAAGAUGAACUAUUUUCAUCUCAAACAUCCAAAAUCAAAGCUGCAUUUAAUCACAAGAAAAGUGACUUCAAUGAAAGUCUCAUGAGGCCCAGAGAGAAGACAAAGGUAUAAACAGCUGUCGCAUUGUCUGGAGGAGUUCUCCUGUCUGCUGAAGUCAUUAGAAGUCGUUGUUGUCUACUCGAGCUCUCAGUGUCAGAGCGGGCAGGCAGGAAUUCUUCCUGACAGAGGAAUUUCCUCUUUCCAUUUGUUGAAGCGGUAACCUUUCAAACCUGACAUUGGCUGUGCAGGUUUAGAAGUUUUAUUGAACAAACUUCACUUUCUUCUCUUUAUAGAUCCUUUAUGAAUUGAACAAGCCUCAGACACAUAUAGUAACACCUACAGUGUUCCAUCUGAUAUUGGCUGGUAUUUGAUACUGUAGAACAUUGUUUCAAAGCAGAUGCCUCCACAGAAACCAUAUGAACUCACCCCUCAAACACUGGCUUCAGGUAUUAAAAAAUUCAAUAUAAAACCCCCCAAUACUGUCACCAAUGGUCUUGUCUGCUUUUGGAUGUGAUAAGAAGGCAUCAGUGUAAAUUUUCAGUAUAAUCUUAAAAUGUGAGCUCUUCAUUGGAGCUCUAAAGGGAUAUUCCAGCGUAAGGGUCAAACACACCGUAACACCAAGUUGAACACCCCCUCGAGAGAUGAAUGUUGCUGACCACUUGCUUCUUUAGUUUAACCAACUUUAGUAAUGACCGCAGGAUAGCGAUACACAACGGUCUGAGGAGCCAUAAACAAACCUCAACCAAAAGAUGAAGAAAUGAUCCUGUGGUCGUUACUAAAGUUGGUAUAACUAGAGAAGCAAGCGGUCGGCAACAUAUAUCUCUCGAGGGGACGUCUAACUUGGUGUUACAGUGUGUUUGACCCUAAAUUAAUUUUACGCCAGAAUAUCCCUUUAAGAGUCAAAGGCUGUCCUGGUAUUAGAGUUUUAAUCUGUGUCAGUUUAAAUAUUCGAAUCAGCGAGAGAAAAGUCAAAUCCAACAUCUGGAACAGAAGCCUCUGUUUUGAACCACCAUGUUUUCCAUUAUCACAGGGCCGCUGCAUAACCUUCACCCGAAGCAAACCCUACUCUACUCCUCGCUACCCCAUCUACAACCACCCCUCUACACCUGUCUACACCUUACCCCACUGUUAUCAGCGCCGUCCAUCAGACGACAGCACUCUCUACCAUCUGCCACCUUCGCCAACUUCAACACUCCCCCCUUUACCCUCUACUCCUCCCCCCUCCUCCACCAGCCCCCCGACAUACACACCACCUCCAAACAGAGCCCUACCCCCAAACAACUUCAGCCCCAUCUAUGCACCUCCAUCUCCUACUGGCACCUUACCACCUCCACCUGAUGGUCCACCUCCGUGUAGGGCUCCUCCUCCGUCUCGCCCUCCUCCACGCCCGAAUCAGGACAACUACUGA